AUGGUUGACUGGAUGUCCCCCGCUGAGAUCGCGAAAGAUGCUGUUGCCUUCGAUAGGUUUAUGCACGCUCUUCUGGGUCUAUAUAUGUGGGAGUUUGCCAUCUCCAUUCAGUUCGACUGGCAGUAUAUCUCCGGGAAGAAGACUUUCCGGUGGCCCAUGAUAUUUUACUUCCUAAAUCGUUAUUGUCUACUGUUCGCGUUAAUUGGAAUUGCCAUAGCGCUGAACGUGACUGAGGAAGUAAACUGCCAAGGGUUGUACACCUUCAACCAGUGCUUCGGAAAUGCUGCCAUUGGUCUUGCCAGCAUCAAUCUGUCGCUUAGAACCAUCGCUGUCUGGUCAAGGAAGUGGUACAUUAUUGCACCUCUUGUUCUGGUCAUCCUAGGACAUUGGUCGCUUCUUCUACACGGUAUUCUUUUGAAGGCAGCUUGGGUCCCCGGUCAAGGCUGUGUUAUUACUCAGACUGAUAACAAGCUUUUGGCCGCUACUUUCAUCUAUACCAUGGUGUUCGAUCUCUCCGUUCUGAUCUUGACCGCGUUCAAGCUUUUCAGCCCUAAGAACGGGAAAUCGAAGCUUGUUGGGCUUAUCUUCAACGACGGCCUGAUCUACUUCAUGAUCGCUUUCAUGGCCAACUUGAUCGCAACCAUCUUCAUGCUUCUGAACCUCAAUCCUGUCAUGUCUAUUAUUGCAAACGUUCCAGCUGCCAUUGCAUCAACAAUUGUGGCAUGCCGUGUCGUCCGACGACUGAGCAAUUAUACCUCGCGAGGAGCAGAGAUGUUCCCAACUACUACACAGGGAUCAACAAUUGCCUUCCGCUCUAACAUGUCCACUCAUCGCCCUAAAGCCGCCACUAAGGUUAACACCAAGGUCUCUACAAAGUCCGAAGGAGUUCACGUUCAGAUGGAAACUUUUGAAAGCCCAACCGAUAAGACUUCUUACGUCGAGUAUGACGCCUCUGGAAAGAUGGGCAGUGCAGACAGCUAUGACCCAGAAUCCCAAGUGAUCAGCGGGGAAUUCAAACGUCCCCCGUACUAG